GAAGGGGAGGACGAUCCCGGUGUAAACAACAUGGGCAACCAGCUGCAGCUCAUCCCCGGUAAUGUAUAGUCCGCCGGGGAGGGCGCGCUGCUGUCCCGUCAUGUAUACCGGCCUGUCCGAAGCCAUGUCCUUCCCCAGAGAGCGAGGAAGAUGAUGACAUGGAGAUGGAAGAUCCUGAUGGAGGAGACCAGGAAGCCCCCAACAUCAUCAACUUUGAUACCAGCUUACCGACGUCUCAUGUAUAUCUGGGCGUCGACAUGGAGGAGUUUCACGGGAGGACGGUGCACGACGACGACAGCUGUCAGCUGAUCCCGGUGUUACCGCACAUACAGGUGAUGCUGAUUCCCGGCCAGACCCUGCCGCUACACCUCUCCAGACCACAAGAGGUCAGCAUGGUGCGAGGCCUCAUCCAGAAGGACAGGACGUUUGCUGUGCUGGCAUAUUGUGAGGGUCUUCAGAGAGACGCUCGCUUCGGGACGACUGCGGAAAUCUACGCCUAUCGCGAGGAGCAGGAGUACGGCAUCGAGACAGUGAAAGUGAAAGCCAUCGGACGGCAGCGAUUCCAAGUGCUGGAAAUGAGAAGCCAGGCAGAUGGGAUCCUGCUUGCCCGGGUACAGAUCCUACCGGAGAGGGUCCUGCCAUGUCCGAUGACUGCCAUCCAGCUGGAUUCUCAGAGUCGCCAUCAAGUUCCCCCGUGCAGUAAAGCGUUCAGCAGCCGGAACCCACAGAGCACCUGCCAGUGGCUGCACAAGUACCGCAGGAGAAAGUUUUUUGGUGCCAAUUUGACGUCGUGGCCAUCGUGGCUCUAUGCUUUGUAUGACGCGGAUUUUCUCAUGGAGCGGGUGAAGCGACAGCUGCACGAGUGGGAUGAAAAUCUCCGCGACGACUCUCUGCCGGCUAAUCCUAUAGAUUUCUCAUAUCGAGUGGCGGCCUGCCUUCCCAUCGACGACACGCUGCGCAUCCAGCUACUGAAGAUUGGAAAUGCCAUCCAGAGGCUGCGCUGUGAGCUGGACAUCAUGAGCAAAUGCACGUCUCUCUGCUGUAAACACUGUCACGACACUGAGAUCACAACCAAGAAUGAGAUCUUCAGUCUCUCUCUCUGUGGCCCUAUGGCUGCCUAUGUGAAUCCUCACGGCUAUGUACACGAGACCCUGACCGUCUACAAAGCCUUAAACCUGAGCCUGGUGGGCCGUGCGUCCAUAGAGAACAGCUGGUUCCCAGGAUACGCUUGGACAAUCGCUCAGUGCAGAGUAUGUGGCAGCCACAUGGGGUGGAAGUUCACCUCUGUACGGAAGGAUUUGUCACCUCAGAGAUUUUGGGGCCUGACCCGUUCAGCCCUGCAGCCUCGAAUCCCAGUGCCAGACGAGGAGGAGGCGAGCCUGGACCAGUCCCCGAUUCUCUGCCUGUGAAUGGCGCACAUCAUCGCUAUGCUUCGUCUCUAGCCCCCAGAUAUAUGAAGAGUGGGGGUGGUGCGGCCCACCUGCAUGUGAUACCCUUAUCUGUGGGGUGAGAGGAGGAUGGAGCGGAGGGCCCGGCCCCGCUCCUGAGCAUAUCCACUUCUGUCUGCACCGUGCACUUCUCUUGUCUGAGGCUUUACCCGCUCUGCUCAGAGACGCUGAUUAUAUUGUGAUAAUGACCGGUGUGAUGUCAGACGCAGCGUUAUAUGGCCGUCCUAAACACCUGACCCUGGAACGCAGCAAUCCCCCCCCCCGUCUCCGUAGUUAUCGUCAGUCUUCUGUACAUAAAUCUUAAUCAUCAAGGUAUAUUCUAAUCUACAUUACUUUCCAAUUGUUUACCAGAUCUCUACCUGCUGUCAGUGAAUGGAAACCUGUCACAGCCAGAGGCUGAACAUCUGUACAGUGUGGAUAUUAAUCACAGCAUCAAUCCUCUGUGAACUAAACAGCCUGACACAUUGUAACAAACUAUCGGGACUGGAGAGAAUUUUGUGAUGCUGAAUUUAGUUCCCAAAGGAUUAUCUAGACUGGAUACAACUGUAACAGACCCUCAGCAGUGUGAAAUAUCAGGUCAUGAGGGGUUUUCAGGCACUGGAUUUAGAGAAAUGUUUCAUUUUACUUGACAGCAAUCAGAGAUCCUGAACUAUAAUCUAUAUAUAAGACGGUUGUAGGCCUUUUCUACAACGAUUAAGCUGUACAUAAAACUGACAUUACAGUAAAAUAUAAGUUUCUCGUUAGCAAUCUACUACUGUUUCCUGUCCAUAGGGGGUGGCAGAAUGGUUGGCACGGCAGAACUGACAACCACUUUUGUCUGGCAGACUGCAAGCAGUUCCCUUCCCCCGCUCCUUCUUGCAGCUUGCGCAUAAACUCAGCAAGGGGCAGCAUUAUAGGAUAGAAUAUGAAAUCUGUAAUGGGAGGAACAUUGAUAAUAUAACUAGAGCAAGGAUGGCCAACCUGCGCUCUUCGGCUGCUGUAAACCCACCAUGCCCUGCUGUAGGAAGUCUGGGCAUGCUGGGAGUUGUAGUUUUGCUACAGCUGGAGAGCCGCAGGUUGGCCACAGCUAAACCUCGUGAUUUAGCAGUGCCGUACAAGGUUAUGGAAGUGCUCUACCAGUAAAGCAGGUCCCGGUCUGUGCCAUAUUCAACACUAAAGGUCUGUUCACAUGCAGCAGAUUUGGUGCAGAAUUUUCUGUUUCAUUCAUCUGGACGAGACUCGCAGAAAUCCCCAGAAAACCUCCCUGUGUCCCUCGUCUUUCUCUGUUCCACGAGACGUGAAUAUUGCACUGCAACAUUAUCGAUGUCUAGAACAUAGAAAUAAACGGAAUCUAAAAUGA